CAUGGCUUCCACUCCCAUCUGCUUGGUCACAAAAGGCAGCAGGAGCUAAACAGACCGGCAACCUAAUGGCGAACGCCCUGUCCUAAUCAUGCGCAUCGGCCACGACCCACACUGUCACACACACGCAUAAUCAUGCCGCAGCAAGGGAGAAGGAGAGAGGGAUUCUUCCCGUUUCCUCACUCCCAUCCCCACUAGUACCUCCCACCCCACGCGCGCCGUGGGCAGCCAGUGGCAGGCAACCUUGCCCUGCAACCAAGCAACACACAACGUCUCACCUAUCCAUCCAUCUUGCACCCCCAUGCAUUCGUCCGUCUCGACCAGCAGCGGGAAAUGCCGACGUCGCCGCCGUCGCUCCUGGACCUCAUGAGCCCCUCCCCUCUGUCUCCUGAGCCGGCGGCGUCGGCUGGCGCCGCCACGGUGGUGCAGGUGGUGCCGAUGGACGUCUCCGAGGAGCUCCUGGGCAAGUUCAUGGACGCCAGCGAGUUCGGGUUCGACUACGGCAGGAGCGGCCUCUGGUCCCCGCUCGUGCUGCUGCGCCCGGAGGUCCUCGCGCUCGCCUCGGGCCGCGCCAAGCGCCCGCGCCCGCGCCGGAGCUGGACAAGGAAGAUGUUUUGCUGCUGGUGAUCGACGUGCACCAUUGCCCAUUGGUGUUCUGCGCAAUGGAAUCGUACAUCCUUCUGCGGUUUAGGGAGGCUUGCUAAUCGAUGUAUUUAUGGAGAUAUUAGUUUUCUGUAAGAAAUUAGGGACUUCAACCCUGCUGUACCUGUACUUUGGGCCAGAAAUGGCACCCUUGCGUGAAUAAGGAAAUAUGAACAUACGCAUGUCAUAUGUGUGUAGUUGAUCCCUCCGUUAGUUGUGGUUGGAUCCGGCGAUGACGGAGUUAGAACCUUCUCAUAGUUGGAUGUUGUAAAAAGCGGUGGUAAUUGUUGAUGUUGUAAAAAGCGGUGGUAAUUGUUGAUGUUGUACUGUAUUUUGAAUGGAGGCUGGGGUAACUUGUUCUUGUUUGAAAA